CUAUAUAUGUCAAUUUCUUUUUCUUCUCCAAUUUCUUUGUAAAAGUGUUGUUUCAAUUCAAAUUUACACUUUUUUCCUUGUUGUGUGAAUUUCAAAAAUUCUAAAAUGACCACUCUGAUCAACAUUCCUUUCGGAUCGAGUGCGGCCAUGGGGUCCACUCCGAUCACCACUUUCGUUGGAUCGAGCGCGACUAUGGGGUCCACUCCGGUCACCUCGGUUAUUGGACCAACUAUGGCUACGGCUGCAAUGGUCACCCCACUCGGACCGAAUAUGGCUUCAGCCAUACCGGUCAUUCCCUCACUUGGACUGAACACGGGUGUCUUCACAUCCGCACCGGUCAGACAUCCUACUGUCAUGCUACCUGCGAACUCUGUCAAAGAACUGGCAAAGUUCACAGGUGUUGGCUUUAAAAUAUGGCAGCAAAGGAUGUUAUUUUGGCUGACCACCCUCAACCUUGCGAGGUAUUUGAGGGAGGAUCCCCGUGUUGUGUGGGAGAAUGCGGACGAGCCAGCAGUUCAGGCUAAAGAGGCAUGGAUAGCGAAUAACUUUGUGUGCCUUAACCUUAUCCUGAAUUGCCUGAGCAAUGCCUUAUAUGUUGUUUAUAGCAAGGCUGCAUCCGCAAAGGAGUUAUGGACUACACUGUCCAACAAAUACCAGGCCGAGGACGCCAGUGCGAAGAAAUUCGUUGUCGGUAAGGUCUUGGAUUUUAAGAUGGUGGAUUCCAAACCCGUGGUCAGUCAAGCUGAAGAAUUGAUUCUCAUUUUUAAUGAGUGCACUGACGAGGGAAAGGGAGUCAGUGACGCAUUCCAAGUGGCGGCGAUUAUUCAUGUGCUCCCACUGGCUUGGGAUGAGUUCCGGAGCUAUCUCAAGCUCAAACGGAAAGAAAUGACUUUAGAACAGUUGCUUGCUCGUCUCCGGAUCCGUGAAGAGGGUCUCACUCGCGAGAAGAAAGUAGUUGUUUCUAAGGCCAAUGUGGUGGAGCAUCCACCCAAAGAGGGUUCUUCCAAAGGGCCCAAGCCAAAUAAGGACAAGAAGAAAAUUUGUCCUAAAGGAGGCGUCGCGAAGACCAAGUUCGUGGGGAAAAGCUACAACUGUGGCAUUACGGGCCACUGUUCUUCAGAGUGCCGCAAGAAGCCUCAGAAGAAGAAGCAGAAUAAGGAAGAAGCUUUCUGCUCGGAGCUAGAUGCUAUGGACCUUUGUGCUGUCGUGACAGAGGUCAACCUGGUCGGGUCUAACCCGAAAGAGUGGUGGGUUGACACCGGAGCCAUUCGUCAUAUCUGCUCCAAUCGGGCCAUGCUCUUUGACUUUAAGGAGACUUCCGGCGACAAGGUGUGGAUGGGCAACUCCGCCCAAUCCGGAAAGGAGCUCACGCUGAAUGAUGUGUUAUUUCCUCCAACUGUCUACCAGGCUUUGAAGGCUGAAAUCUUGAAACAGUUCUCAAGGUACCCUACAGCGAGUGGCUUCUCAAUUCUGGACACUUGCUUUGAUCUCUCUGCCUACGAUGAGGUCAACGUUCCCACUGUCAAACUGCAGUUUGAGGGUGGUUCUGAGCUCAGCGUGGACAUCACCGGGAUGUAGAACAACAUAUCUGUACUGUAUUGGUUUUAUGUGCUAAGGAAUGCAGUGUAGUUAAUGCAUGCAAAUGAUCAUAAAAGCUGCAAGACAGUUCACAAACCAUAAACAAGCCAUAUUCCAAGAGUUGUCUGUUCUGAAACCUUCCACAACAAAUUGCAUUAUAAUUG